AUGGCGCAAUACAGGCAGGAGGAGUACAAGAAGACGGGACCUAUAGCAGAGUACGACAAUCGAGUACACUCCGGCCGACUACGAGACGAUGAACACCAGCGGACACUCAUACAAGCGCUGCAAGACCUGCAUGACAACCUCAUGUCGUACAACCCGCCCAAAGUCGUCCAUCCGACCAUCGAGUCCCUCCAGCCGAAAAAGAAGGGCUUCUUGAGCUCACUCCUUGGAAGCAGGGACACAGGUCCUGUCCAGAUGCGUGCUUACGAGGGCCUGCCCAAAGGCUUGUAUAUGUUUGGCGACGUCGGCAGCGGCAAGACCAUGCUCAUGGACCUCUUCUACGAUACCCUUCCCUCCAACAUCCACUCCAAGACCCGCAUCCACUUCCACAACUUCAUGCAGGAUGUCCACAAAGAGCUGCAUAAGAUGAAGAUCCAACACGGCAACGACAUCGACGCCAUCCCCUUCGUCGCCGCCAACAUCGCGGAGAAAUCCACCGUCCUCUGCUUCGACGAGUUCCAAUGCACAGACGUCGCCGACGCUAUGAUCCUCCGCCGCCUCAUCGAAUCUCUCAUGGCCCACGGCACCGUUCUCGUAACCACCUCCAACCGCCACCCCUCGGACCUCUACAAAAACGGCAUCCAACGCGACUCCUUCAUCCCCUGCAUCAACCUCCUGCUCGAACAACUCCGCGUCCUGAACCUCGACUCCACAACCGACUACCGCAAAAUCCCCCGCCCGCCGUCAGGCGUCUACCACCACCCCCUCGACCCCGCGGCAAAGAGCCACGCAGAGCACUGGUUCCGCUUCCUUGGCGACCCCGAAAACGACCCCUCCCACUCCGACACCCUCCACGUCUGGGGCCGCGAGAUCCACGUCCCCCGCGCCUCGGGCAAAGCCUGCUGGUUCACGUUCAACGAGCUCAUGGGCAAAGCGACCGGCGCCGCAGACUACCUCGAGCUCGUGCGCAGCUACGAGGCCUUCAUCAUCACCGAAGUCCCCGGCAUGAACCUCCGCUCCCGCGACCUCGCGCGCCGCUUCAUCACCUUUGUCGACGCCGUGUACGAAGGGCGCGGCAAGCUCGUUCUCACCACCGCCGUGCCUUUAACCCAACUCUUCAUGGCCCGCGACGAGAUCGGGGAAAUGCUGCGCUCCUCCUCCAAACAGGGGAUUAAAGAAGCGAAGCAAGCGGCGCACGAGGGAGCGGAUGUCGGGGACGCGAUGAGGAGUCUGAUGGACGAUCUGGGCAUGAACAUGACGAUGAUGAAGAGUAGUAGUAUGUUUACCGGGGACGAGGAGGCUUUUGCGUUUGCAAGGGCGUUGAGUCGGUUGAGUGAGAUGGGGAGUCGGGAGUGGGUGGAGAGGGGAAUGGGGUUGGAGAAGGAGGGCGGGUUGAAGGAGAAGAGGGAUUGGGAGAUGGUGAGGAGUCAUUAUCAUCAGGAUAGUUAUUGA